AUGCCUCAGGAAGAAUCAAAACCCGUCGACGCGCCUGUCAAGCAGGAAGCUUUGGACAAGGCUGUCGGGGAGCUCAAGCUCGGCGAAGGCCAGGACGCACCGAAGACCGACGUAGACCAAGACUCGACACAAGCAGACGCAAAGAAGUCAACGACAAAGAAGAUCAAGGAUGCCAUCGCUGGAGUCACGUCGUCGUCCAAGUCCUCCGCCGCUCCCACCUCCGCCGAAGAUCCUCUACCUCAGGAUGCCAUCAACAAGCUGUCCGACUCAGACAUUGCCAACCUCGUUCAGAGCAACCCCGCCCUCGCUCAGCAAAUGCUCAAGGGCAACGCUUCCCUCGAUGCUCGUAGCAUGCGUGAAUUACUCAAGUCUGUUAGUGCCGCCGACGUAAUGACUGGCAUGAGCUCGGGAAAGAAUGCAAAGGACAUGGCAAACUACAAGUUCUGGUCUACCCAGCCUGUUCCUCGCUUUGACGAGAAGGCCGCCGUCGAAAAGAAGUCGGUUACAGAAGGCCCCAUCAAGGACGUCGACCCUGCCAAGGUUCCCACAACUCCCUCUCCCUUGGUUGCCGGCUUCGAGUGGUGCGAGGUCGAUCUUCUGAAGGAGAACGAAUUGAAGGAGGUUCAAGAGCUGCUGUGUAACCACUACGUCGAAGAUGACGAGGCCAUGUUCCGCUUCAACUACCUCAACGAGACACUCAACUGGGCUCUCAAGGCUCCCGGCUGGCGCAAGGCAUGGCACGUUGGUGUACGCGCUUCAAAGUCUCAGAAGCUUGUUGCUUUCAUCUCGGGUGUCCCUGUCCGUCUCAACGUCCGCGACCGUCUCGUCAACACUGCCGAGAUCAACUUCCUGUGUAUUCACAAGAAGCUACGUAGCAAGCGUCUUGCUCCCGUCUUGAUCAUGGAAAUCACCCGCCGUUGCAAUCUCGAGGGCAUCUACCAGGCUAUCUACACGGCUGGUGUUGUCCUGCCCAAGCCUGUAGCCAGUUGCCGCUACUUCCAUCGUGCUCUUGACUGGGAGAAGCUCUAUAACGUCGGCUUCAGCCCGCUCCCUCAUGGAAGCACAAAGAUGCGUCAAAUCUCAAAGUACCGUCUGCCUGAGCGUACUGUCACUCCUGGCCUGCGCCUGAUGAAAGCAGAAGAUGCCGAUCAAGUCACCGACCUUCUCGAACGCUAUAUGAAGCGUGUCAAGAUGGCACAAGAGUUCAACAAGGAGGAAGUUCUCCACUGGUUCCUGGACAACGAGUCUGAUCCCAAGAGCAACAAACGCGUCGUCUGGACUUAUGUCGUCGAGGACUCCAACAAGAAGAUCACCGACUUCUUCAGCUUCUACUGCCUCGAGAGUUCCGUCAUUCAUAACGCUAGUCACUCGAGCACCAUCCGCGCUGCUUACCUCUUCUACUACGCCACCGAGAGUGCUUUUGAGAAACAGACAGAGGACGACGAUGUCCUCAAGACGCGUCUGAACUUGCUGGUCAAGGACGCUCUGAUCCUCGCCAAACAGGCCAAGUUCGAUGUCUUCAACGCCCUCACCCUCCUCGACAACCCUCUCUUCUUGACCGACCAAAAGUUCGGCCCCGGCGACGGUCAACUCCAUUACUACCUCUUCAACUACCGCACAGCCGACCUGCCCUCCGGUGUCGACAACAAGAACCAAGUCGAUGCCAGACAUCGUGGUGGUGUUGGUGUUGUCAUGCUGUAG